AGGGGAACGUAAGCAAAACAUACGUUAGAUUAACAUAUUUAAAAUUUAUGGGAACGUUAGUGGAACAUAUUUAAAAGUCGUGGGAACGUUAGGGUUAACGUUAUUUCUGUAAAGAAAACUUUCACGCAAAAUCCUAACGGACCCAGUCUCUUAUCUAAAGCCAGAGGUAGACAGAAAUGUUCCCACAAUCCUCUUUUCUACGCUGAUGGCUCUAUACUGAAUCCCAAAUGACUUUUCUCCCUAAGUAAGCGCACUGUGUAGAGUAUGAAGUUAUUUCUUUUUUACACCCUACCUAGGGCACCUCGACAUUCAAUAGACAGCCGUUUGGGAUGCAGCCUUAGAGAUUGCCGAGUCUCGCUACCUAGCAUCAUGAAGGCGGCUUGGGGAGCCCCGUUUAACGACCUGCGAUAUUUUUAUUGUGUUCAAUAAGAACACAAAUUUCACAGCAGUUUAUGAAACUGGACGCGGUGCUUAACUAAACAUUUCGCCCUGCAGAAUGUCCAAGAUCAGGCGGAAGGUGACAGUGGAAAACUCGAAGACCAUAUCAGAGAGCAGCAGCAGUACGACCACUCCAUCCCGCAGGCCCAGCGUCUUCGAGAGACUCGGACCCAGCACGGGCAGUAAUGCCACAGAGACCCAGUGUAGAAAUUGGUUGAAGACAGGAAAUUGCAGUUACGGCAACACUUGUCGCUACACGCAUGGAACUCCGGCAAGAGGCAAGAAUUUUUCUGGCGCAUUCAGCAGGUCAUCCGAGAGGCCCACUGGUGAUCUCCGGGAGAGGAUGAAAAAUAAGAGACAGGAUGUAGAUACAGACACUCAAAAAAGAGACCAAGACGAACCUACUUCACCCACAACUAGACAGAGAGAUUCAUCCCGAAGCAGACACAGAGAGAAAGAGGAUAUAAAGAUCACUAAAGAACGAACUCCAGCCAGCGAAGAGGAAGCAGCAGAGUGGGAAGCCAAUCGUGAAGACUCUGAUAACGGUGACUACGAUUACGAGUUAUCCCUGGAAAUGAAGAGGCAGAAGAUCCAGAAUGAGCUGAUGAAGCUCGAGCAGGAGAACAUGGACAAACGAGAAGAGCUCCUCAUUAAGAAAGAGGAAUCAGUGACCAAGACCAGGACCAGCAGCACUUCUAAAGAUAAGGGGUCUCCUGAACACUCUAGCUCCAAGAACUCACCCCUGUCCCGCAAGUCCAGUGGCUCCCCCAAACGAAAGCCCAGUGGUUCUCCUAAACGCAAGUCCAUCGGGAAGGGCAGCGGCUCCGGCAAGAAGGAGAAGAAAUCAUCCUCUUCAUCAGUCAUCUCCUCCCCGGUGAUGGAGCAGAGCAGAACGGAGGAGGCUGAGAGCAGAUCAUCCAAGAGUGGACACAACAAGAAGAAAGGGCCACGCACACCCAGCCCCCCUCCCCCUGUGCCCUUGGACCUGCCCGUAGGAGGCAAAAAGCACAAGGGAAAACACAAAAACAAGGAGAAGAGCGAAGACAAGCAGAAAGACGCCAAGGAGCGGGGCAGAGACAUCGAUAAGCACAAGGAGAAGAAAGAGAAGCGCAGGGACCGCUCCGACAGUUCCCACAAGGCUAAGCGAUCAGUAACGUCAGAGGAACGUUCUGGAAGCGUGUCAUCUCCUGGCCGAGAGGUGUCGCCCCAGACCAGAAGGAAGUCCUCGUCUCCCAAGCCUACCACCCAAAAACAAAGUUCACCGCAGAGGUCUCGUACCCCACCACGUCACCGCCGGAGCCUUUCUCCUACGCCCCGCCCUCACCACUCCCCCUCAUCUCACUCUGGGUCUUCCCACCAACGUCACUCCCCAUCUCCUCGCCGACGCCGUGGCUCCGCCUCCCCGUCCUACCAACGGGACCUGCUUCCCCCCUUGUCAUCCUCACCCACAGCUGCUCAGGCCUCACGUCGCUCACGUUCCCGUUCGCCCCCCACGCCGCAGAGGUCAAGCCCCGCUUCCCGCCACCACUCGCAGGGCCGGGAGCGGGAAAAAGAGAGAGGACGGGGGGAGAGGGAUAGAAGCCCCACCCACGACAGACGUCACGAACGCCGAGAUGAGAGCCGCGGAAAGCGCGAGAAAGAUGGCGGGCGGGACGAUCGCAGCUACGAGGCCGAUCAGAGCUCCUCGCGAGACGACCGUGAGACUCGAGAGAGCCGAGACCGACGCUUCGACCGAGACCGCCGAGACACGCGUGACGACCGACAACACCGCAGCGGCGAUGCCAAGGACGUGCGGGACACCAGAGACCGCUCCGGCCGGGAGUCGAUGGAACACAGAGAGAGAGACCGGGACAGAGAGCGGGACCGAGAGAGGGACAGGGAUAGGGAAAGGAAUGACGCUCACAGGAAAGACGACACAUCGGUGCAGGAAGAGAGAAGUUACGGAAGAGGACAUGGCAGAGAAGAGGGACGGAGCGAGAGCAGGGCAGAGAGUAGGAAUGAAUCACGCACAGAGAGGACGGGAAGAGGAAGGGGACGUGCAUCGGACAACUCUGAGAAAGGAUCAGCUCGUGGGUCUCGUGCGUCUACUUCGCAGGCAGACAGCGGGGGCCAUGAUGGAUGGGAGUCUCGUAGCGGUGGACUAAGUGAGAGGAGCUCUGAGAGAAACACGGAGAAGGGGACAGAACGUGAUCGCUAUGACGGCGACAGGCAGCGCGGGGAGCAGGCCCGAGAUUCGUCUUACGACCGCCGCGGUAGUCAGGCGGACAGAGAUCGCCGUGAGCACAGGGACAGAGCAGAUCAGAGAGCGCCCUCACCGGGACGUCACCAAGGCCGCGGCGAGGAAACCGAGCGCGAGGAGAGGAGAGACGAGAGGAGGAGCGACCGAGGCGAGGACAGACGAGAGGACAGGGGCCGUGAGCGAGACCGAGAAAGGGACCGGGAGAGAGAGAGGGAGCGGGAACGAGAGAAAGAGAGGGAGCGAGAGACUGAGAGGGAAAGGGCCAGGGAGAGAGAGCGGGAGCGAGAGGAAAGAGAGAGAGAGCGGGAACGGGAGAGGGAGGAACGCGAGAGGGAGCGAGAACGAGAGGAGAGGGAGAGGGAACGCGAGAGAGAAGAGCGGGAACGGGAGAGGAAAGAGAGGGAACGGGAGAGGGAGCUCCGAGAGAGGGAGCGGCAGAGAGAGUGGGAGGAGAGAGAGAAGGGCAGGGAGGACAGGCGGGAGAGGAGAGAGGAGAGAGGAGAUCCUCAUGAAGAGCGAAAGAACAGUGGGCGCAAGAGGCACCGUGUGGAGAACACCCCCAGCCCCAGGCCCUCUCCUAAAAAAGUGCGGGAAGGUAGCCCUGCAGACAGUGAUGGCUACAACAGUACAGAGGAAAAAGGUGAUAAACACAGACUCCUGAGUCAGGUCGUCCGUCCUCAGGAGCCAAGCCGCUCCCCUCCCCGCGUCGUAUCCGCCGACGACAAGCCCACACGCUGGAGGGACAACGAGCGUCGUGGUGACAAGAAGGACGGGCGUGGUCGGCAUGAAGAAGCAGAACCUCGUAGAGAGCGAAGUGCAGGUCGAGGGACGGAGCGCCGUGGGGAUCAUUCUUCUGAGAGUUCUCUGACUGUUCCAGCAUCUGAGUCUCGCAGGAUUAAAGAGCAAAGAGACGCCAUCGCACCACCCGUCCCCUCAGCCAGUGGCCCUGAGGUACGAGAUUCUGCGUCGGCCGGCCAUGAGGAAGGCAAGAAGAAAACCAAGUCUCAGAAAAAGAACCUGAAGAAAAACAGGAAAGAGGAUGAGAGCAUUAGUGCUGGUGGUGACCGUUUUAACCCCGAGCCCCUGCCACCGCCUUCCUCUUCCUCCUCCUCAGUACCCACUGAAGCGCCACGCCCACUCCUCUCAUCCCCUAAGGCGGUCAAGAAGAAAUCGCUGGAGCAGAGGCGGAAGCGCUCCCGGGGCGCCGAGUCUGACCCGUCUGAGGAUGAGCAACCAAUCAGCAAGAGACGUCGUGGCCCUCAGACACCUCCGCCAAUCAACAAAGAGGACUUGCCUUCCCAGCGAGCGCUGCUAUCUGGCCACGCUAUAGCAGCACCGCUCAAAAUAGACACUAACUUCAGUGACUGGUCUGAUGAGGAAGUCCCAGAACGCAGCGACGCUUUACCCGAGCGAGCACCAGAGCGGCUGCUGCCCCGUCGAAACCCACCUCUAGCCCCAUUGCUCCCUGACCCGCCCAUGGCGUUGCACGCACUCCCACUACAACCGCUGCAGCCGUUGCUGCCGCAGCACAUGUUGCGCAAACCGCAGCAGGCUGACCAAAGGCAGCAACGCAGUAGCAGCAUGGGUAGCAACCAGAGUUGGGCAGCUUCGCGCCGGCUCCGUUCACCUUCCAACGACUCCGCCCACCGCACAGACGACAGCCAGCCGGGGCCGCGUUCACGCAGGGCACAUGGACAGGGAGCCAAUUCCCGUGACCGUGACAGAGAGAGAGAAAGGGAACGAGAGAGGGAUAGGACGGCAGCUACCGAACCGAUUGGAGGAAGGGAGGAGAGGAAGUCGAGGAUUGACCAGUUGAGGAGAGGAGAGCCGAGUCGCAGUACUUCAUCAGACCGUCAGGACUCGCGUAGUCACAGUUCUCGGCGCAGCUCUCCAGAGUCAGAGCGGCAAGCUCGCUCUCGGGCCGGCUCGCAUGACAGCCGCGAGCGCGACCGGGACCGCGAGCGUGACCAAUUUGAGCGUGACAGGAAGGAAUACCGGCAACCGCAGAACCAGUCGCUAUUACAGCCACGUGACUGGGAGCCAGAACCGCGUGAGUGGGGUGUUCGAGGUCGUGAGCCCCUCCUUCUCCGCCCUAACCGGGAGCCAAUCAGAGAGCGGGACUUGCGCGAGAUGCGUGAGCGGGAGAGACUGCUGCCUGAGGGACCACUCUCACACGAGCGCCUUGACCGCGACAGGGAGAGAGACAGAGACAGGGGAGAGCGAGAGCGGGAGCGCAUGCUGCCCUUUGACCACCCACCAUCAGGGGAACCCAAGAGCCGAGCAGAGAUGCGGAUGGAGCGAGGAGACUAUGAGCCCCUGCUGCCUCGAGAAGCCCUCGUGGACAUGGACAAACCCAGUGCUACAGAAGAGCCACAUGUACCUGUGGAACCCUGUGAGACAGAGAAGAUAGACAGUCUUGACGUAGAGGAUGAAGGGAAGGGUGAGGACGUCCAGUCAGCAGUGUCCGGUGGGGAGGAAUACGAGCCUAUCAGCGAUGACGAGCUGGAUGAGAUAUUGGCUGACAGCCAGAAACGAGAUGAUCAGCAGGAUGAAGAGAAAAUUCCAGGGCCCCUGGACGUGAUUGACGUGGACUGGUCGAGCCUGAUGCCCAAGCAGAAACAGGAAACCCGAGCACCAGGGGCUGCAUUGCUUAGAUUCACCCCCGGAGCCAUGCUGCUGCGGGCGGGCGUCUCUCGCCGUCUAGCUGGUCCUCAGCUCCUCGCACGUGUUAAAGACGUCUGUGCUAAAGAGCUGGAGGAUGCUAAAGAUGCGGAGAAGCUGUUUGAGCACGACCUUGGUGCCCUGAACAUGGCCGCCCUCAACAGGAGGACCGAGAGAGCGAACCUGCUGAGAAACCUGGGGCCGUGUGGCAAGGCUCUGUGUGCACGUCGAGACAUCGCCAUCCGCAGGCAACUCCUCAAGAACGACAAGGGGACGACUAAGCAGAUCUACACCAGUGCUCCAGUGGUGGACCAAGAACUUCUGCAGCUCAGCAUACGUCUCUUCAAGAAGAAAAUGGCUGCCGGGCAGGAGAAAGCCGACCUGGCGCCUGUGGCUGGCACCCCAGCUGAGGUGUGCGUGUCUUAAAACACGCCAGUGAGUGAGGAGAGAAAAAAAAAGCAUGUGGGGAACUGAUGACCCGGACUCGGCCACCUUGUGCCGUGAAACACUGAAACUGUUUGUAAGUCGGUGUUAAUGGAGAAUCAGCGACGCAGGCUUGAGAGAUCAGCACCAUAGAGACUGGAGAAACGCUAGCCUAUGGAGAUACUGUAUAACUUACGAAAGCCAAUGAACUUAAUAUUCUAAGUGUGGCAGAGAACUGUUUAUGAGAACUGGCUCUCAUUCUGGUUAAUGUUUUAGAGAAACUGUUUUUUUUCUUUUUUUUUGUUUUUGUAAUGUCAAUUGUCAUUUAUACUGGAGUUGCUUUGUGUUUAUUUGAUGUACUACAUAUUAGAUCUGGUGCAUUAAAAUGCUCUUUGUCAUCUUUGA